UUGAAGAAACACUUCAACAAUGGCGAACUUCCUCAUCAGCAGAACAAGAAGAUCAUCAUCAAGAACAAGAACGAUCAGAAGAACAAAGAAGAAACAGUCAGAUUCGGAGAGGAGCUCGGCAAUGGGUCAGUGCAAGAAACAUCCGAAGCACAGGCAAUCUCCCGGAGUCUGUUCCCUCUGUCUGAACCAGAAGCUCUCGAGGCUGUCGACCCUCGAUCACGCGUCUUCUUCCGGAGCAGGCCCAGAAACGGCGUCGUAUUGUUCUUCCUCUGAUGUCUCGUCAUCUUCCUCCUCCUACUCUUCCGUCUCGCCGUGCCUGUCUCCUCUCCAUCAUCGUUACGGGGAAAUCGUUUCCAAGAAGAAGGGUGGGAAGAAACAAGGGUUCUUGUUCAGAUUGUUGUAUAGUUGA